CUCUCUACGACAUGGCCGUCUUCAUGAUAAACAUCUGUAAAUUCAAUGGCUGUGGUAUUACAUUUCCAAGACUGGCGGAUCUGAUUGAACACAUAGAAGACGUCCAUAUCGACUAUGAUCCAGCCGUAGUAGAACAGAAAGAGGCGUCCCAGCCAGCAUGCAUCCCUCUGAGCUACGUGUUGAAGUUCUUCACGGAGGCGACACGGCGCGAAUUUCAGAACAUGCCGCCGGUCCCAGACGUUCGUCGGCGUUUGCUCUCCACACCAAAGACUCCAUCUGUGCGCAGCAGCACUCCCACAGGCAGCGAGAUGGACGAAGACGAGCUGAUGAGUCCGUCUGAAGACAGCAAUGAUUCCUGGACGACUGUCGAGGAGUACAGCUCCGAGUACAUUCUGCGUUAUGGUGUCAAGAUGAACAGUUCAGCGGCGUCGGGCGCGCUGGGUCACGCUGCGCAGGAGAAGCCGUUCGCCUGCCCCGUGCCUGGCUGCAAGAAGCGCUAUAAGAAUGUGAAUGGUAUCAAAUACCACUCCAAGAAUGGACACAAGAAGGAUGGCAAGGUAAAAAAGGCUUACAGAUGCCAAUGCGGCAAAAGUUACAAAACGGCGCAAGGCCUUAAAAGCCAUUCGAUAACCCAACACAUCGUCGCAAGCCAGCCGUCCACGUCCGCGGCUCUGGCCGCUAUCCAAGCGCCCCCGGCCGUAGCGCCCCCAGCCGUAGCGCCCCCGGCCAUAGCGCCCCCGGCCCGCACGUCGCCCCCGCGCGGCCAGGCGCCCAAGCUGGGCGGGCUCGUCGUCACCGCCUCCCCGCACACCCGCCCGCUCAACGACGCAGUAGACGGUAACAAACUAGUCCGCAUCUAUGACAGUCUCAAAACCAAAGAUCUCCCGACGUUCACCAUUCCGAAGCAUAACCUGACUAGUCUGAAUAUUAGCGCGGCGCAGCACGGGAUAGUGCGGCACUCGUCGGGGCUGCUCACCCCGGCCUCCACGCCCGGCUCCAGCCCCGUGGAGCGCCUCAAGCUCGAGCGCUCUCCGCGCGUCACCGUACAGAACACCCCUCUAACACCCCUCACUCCGUACGCCAACGAAAUACCACACUAAACGCGCUCAGCUCAGGUUCAUAUCGCAUGGGCGAAGCAUACGAAUUUAAAGUCACUAGCUAUAAGUAUCUGUAGUCAUAAAGGCCAAGUUCCUAACCAAAAAAUAUAAAAAAAAGAUUUAGUUUAAUAUUUGUUAUUGAAAUUCAGAGUAUAUUUUAUCUCUCUCCUUCUUUGAAGGUGCCACAUACUUAGCCUGAAAUGUACCACGAGCAUGCUUUAAAUGAUUGUUAUAAUUUUCAUUUAUGAUGGCGCAAUAUUUCAUUGCAUUGGAGUCUGCACCUUAAUUUGUUUAAUUAUUGUUUAAUGACAAAAUUGAUACGAGUAGUCAAUUUGUAUUCCUCACAGAGGCAGAGGCAUUGUAUAUUUGAUUGUUUUGUUUGAUUUGAGAUUGUUAAUUUUAUCUUGAUUAUUUAAUUUAGCUAGUUUUUAGUAUAGUUGUUCAUUUGAUUUUUAGGAAUAUUAUUCGUUUGGCCUGAUCUGAAAAAAGGUGUCUUUAAUGUUACGUAAUGAAAAUAUAACACUUCAAAUACGAAGGAUUAUCUGUAGCAUAAUAUGUUUGUGCUUUGAAUAUAGUGAGUUGCUGAAGACCUUUUUUCAGUUUGGGCGCUAAAAAAUAUUAAUAUUUCUUAAGAUAUUUUAAUUGACGUAAGAUUGUCUUCCUCAUUUGAGUGAGUCAAAUGAUUUAGUCACGAUGUCUGUGAUCGUAACGCGGCGGACUGUUUCGGAUGCUAAUGGCGCUUACAAACUAGGGCAUUUACUUGUAAUGGAAUAUCCGGUUCACGUGACACUCGAUGCGAUAACCACGCGAUUCGAACAUUUUUAUACCGGGUACUUGACCGGGUCAAAGAAUAAUUAUAAAAUGUUUAUCUAGAAAUAGAUUUCACUUUUUUUUGACCCAGUUUCGAAAUUUUAUUAUGGAUUUACGUAGUAACAAUAAGUACGGCGUUUGGCCGCUUUUAUUGAUGACGUUAUAAACUUCAUUUUUUUAAAACAUUUUCGUUUUAACGUUUCGUAAAAAGUAUCUCAUUUGACUAAGUUAUCGUAUCAAGUAUCCUAUUAUAAUAUAAGUACCUAAAUGCUGACAUAAUCUAGCAAAUGUUUGGCCUCGUCAUUUAUCUCCUUUUUAGGUUCUUCACACUAGAGCUCCGUGACAUCUUAUUACAAGUUAAUACCCCUGUCUGUAAGCUCCUAGAACAUCGUCUAGUUUUGUCAAGCCUUAAAGACUUAAGACGAGUGCAUUCGUAGAUAUUUGUAUAUAUGAAUAUGUUAUUCGUAUAUAUAGGUAAUAUACAAAGGUUACAGGGCGCGGUCUGUGCCAGCUGGCGAUUUGUUUAGUCGCAUUAUAUUGCAUAUACAAGACUAAAAAUUACCACGUAUAUCUCAUUAAAUCUUAUCCAUCCACGUGCCAUUACUUCUUAUAUUUUUGUACUUAAUUAUUACGACGUCUCACGCAAAAUGCUUGACCUUACCUAAAAUUGUUAGUCUAACAUCUGAAAACGUUAGAUUUUUAUAAUAAUAAGAGAAAACAAACAAAAAAUGGCAUUUGCUCUAUUAUCAUUCAAAGCUAGGAUAAAGGUAUACUCGUAAAUGUGAUAAUAUUUUAGAAAAAGUAAAAAAAAAUGCUUUUAAGUGUACACGUAUUUAAAUACAUAGUUAGUAAGGCUGAUUAUUAUCAACUUGGUGUGUGUAUUCAUGAUAUAAUUUCAUAUCGCUUUACUAUAAAAAUACACCAGCGUUGAAGAUGCGUGUAAAUAUUUAACAGAGGAG